CUUGUGCUCAUUUUACUACAGAUGUUCUUUAUGUUGUAGUCAUAGUUUAAAGCAUAAAUAUGACGUUGUAUCGGCCAUUUACAUGCGAGGAUAUGCUGAAAUUUAAUCGAGUCAAUCUCGACCCACUAACGGAAACGUACGCUGUCGGUUUUUAUCUGCAAUACCUCGCAAAAUGGCCGGAAUAUUUUAUGGUAGCUGAAUCUCCAGGAGGUGACAUCAUGGGUUACAUCAUGGGAAAGGUUGAAGGCCGCACAUCAGAUGAUUGGCACGGUCAUGUGACUGCAUUGUCUGUAUCAAGCGAGUAUCGAAGGAUCCGAUUGGCUGCGGAGCUGAUGCAACAUUUAGAAGAUGUUUCCGAGAAGAAGAAGGCGAUGUUUGUUGAUCUAUUUGUAAGGAAAUCCAACCAGGUUGCGGUGAAGAUGUACGAAAAACUUGGAUAUAUUGUUUAUAGAACUGUAUUAGAUUACUAUUCGUCCCCCAACGGUGAAGCAGAUGAGGACGCUUACGAUAUGCGUAAACCAACGUCAUGGGACGUCAAUCGGAAGUCUAUUGUGACUGAGAAGAAAGUUAUUUUACCGGAAGAACUAAACUAACAUACGCUGGGCAAUCAACCUUGCUUGGAUGCAAUCCACCCAAGUGACGACCAAGGUUUGGUAUUCCAUACAAACAGUUGAUUGCCCCAUGUUUUAUUAUAUUGUGUUUGGACACAAAUUCUUUUCCCACGCAAUAGGUGGUUGCCUGCCACAGUAAGUAACAUACACAGCUGCCAGGCAUAUUAUACUUGCGUUCCAAAACAACUGUUCUGGCGUUUAUUCGCAUUAUCGCAUACAUUUAUUUUAAUGCCCUAUAUAGGUUGUCUUUAUUGGGGUAAAUGGCAUGUUACUAGAGUCCAUAUUAUAAACAGGAGUUAUUUCAUGUCGCCCAUAGAAAUCACAUAGCACACAGCAAAUGGGGCUAAAUUGUUCAUAGACAUAAUAUAAAUAUGUACAUAUAUAUAUAUAAAAUUAAUCUAUUUUAUGUUUUUAAUACAAAUACAGAAUGCAGAUUAAAAAAAACAAAUUUUCAAGUAGUUGUGUAGAUUUAUUAAAGCUUAAAAUUGACUUAUAUAUAGAACUAAGUUUUGCGACUAAGCAGAAAAAUAUGUUUAAAAAUUCCCGUUGCUAGGGUAAACAAUCGGCGAAAUUAGCCCCAUUUGGUUGCCCUGUAAGUUUUCUAUGGUGAUGAAAUAACUUAUGUUAAUAUACGGACUCUGGUAUGACAACCUUUAUAUUGGACCUUGAAAUAUUGGUACGCAAAUUAAUUCUGAAAGAUUUUAUUGCAGAACAACAAUGUUAUGUUAUGGUUUCAAACUUUCAUAUCGUUGCAUUCUUUAUACAAUUGAACAAAACAUGUUGUCAAUUAUAUAACGGCUUCUAAUGUAUUUAAUAUUCCUGGGCCCACUGAGACUUGAACCAGGGGUUCUUCAACCACCAACCUACAAACAAUGCUACAAUACUACCACUUAUGCCCACACUAUUUGUUCAAGAAACAUGUUUAGUCAUAAACUCAUGACAUAACAUCUCAUAUAAAUAAUAUAUAAAAAAAAAGUUUUUAUUUUUAAAAGAUUUGGUUUAAAUCAAAACCAUCUUCUUUUUAAAGUUUAAUAAUAAAGACAAUUGUGCCGUAUAAACAGACUGUUAUGUUUGUAUUAAAACCGACCAGAAAAUUAUAUGCACCAAAAUAGGACAGUUUGACAUACAACAUGUAUUUUUAAGAACCCCCGGUUUAAAUUGAUCGUUUAUUCCUUUUUGCCUUUGUGGCCAUUUUGUUGUUCAAUCGAAAUCACAAACACUUUGUAAACUUUACAUGUUUGAAGUUGUAGCAAUAACUAUGUCAAGGUUAUAACUUUGCUGCAAUUAACUUUACGUGGAAAAUAAACAGCAAUCGUUGCAUUCUA